CGAGGCUGCUCACUGUGUGUAGGGUGGUCGAGGAGCUGGAGCCACAGCCAGCCUGCUUCAGACUUGCAAACUGUUCUGAGAGUGGGAACGUGCCUGAGAGAGAGAUAGAGAGUCAGUGAGUGAGUGCGAGGGGACCUACAGGAGUCAGGACGCGCGCGCGAGGGCCCUAAGAACCAGGCUCCAGACAGAGUGACCAUGGCUGUCUCUGCACCUCCGGUGAUCUCUGCAACUUCCAGCAGCGCCGGCGUCCCGGGGGGGUUAUUCCGGGCUGAACCUCUGUAUUCGUCUCCAGGAGAGCCCCCGCGUCUAACCCCUAAUCUGAUCAACAGUUUCAUGGCCAAUAACCACAGCGGCAGUGUCGGGGGUGGCGGGAUUGGUGGUGGCAGCGGUGGCAGCAGCAACACCAACACUAACGAGUGCCGGAUGGUCGACAUGCACGGAGUGAAGGUGGCUUCAUUCCUGAUGGACGGCCAGGAACUGAUCUGCCUGCCGCAAGUCUUUGAUCUUUUCCUCAAGCACCUGGUGGGAGGGUUGCACACUGUGUACACUAAACUGAAGAGACUGGACAUAUCCCCCGUGGUGUGUACUGUGGAGCAAGUUCGAAUCCUUCGCGGGCUGGGGGCCAUCCAGCCAGGGGUGAACCGCUGCAAACUCAUCACCAGGAAAGACUUCGAAACUUUGUUCACCGAUUGCACAAAUGCCAGAAGGAAGAGGCAAAUGACAAGAAAACAAGCUGUUAACAGUUCCAGACCUGGCAGGCCUCCUAAGCGUUCUCUGGGAGUGUUGCAAGACAAUGCCCGCCUUCUGCCCCAUGCAGUUCCAGGCCUCUUAUCACCAGGACUUAUCACUCCAACAGGUAUAACAGCUGCAGCGAUGGCUGAGGCAAUGAAGCUCCAGAAGAUGAAACUUAUGGCAAUGAAUACUCUGCAGGGAAAUGGAAGCCAAAAUGGGGCUGAGUCAGAGCCAGAUGACCUUAAUUCUAACACAGGUGGAAGUGAAUCCUCCUGGGAUAAAGAUAAGAUACAAUCUCCACUUGCUGCUCCUGGACCUCAACAUGGAAUUGCUCAUGCAGCACUGGCUGGCCAGCCCAGCCUUGGGAAUGCUCCUACCCUCAAUCCACUUCAACAGAAUCACCUGCUAAGCAAUCGUCUGGAUCUGCCAUUUAUGAUGAUGCCUCAUCCCCUUCUUCCAGUCAGCUUACCUCCUGCAUCAGUUGCCAUGGCAAUGAAUCAGAUGAAUCAUCUCAAUACUAUUGCCAACAUGGCUGCUGCAGCUCAGAUUCACAGUCCACUCUCCAGAGCUGGUGCCUCUGUUAUAAAGGAGCGGAUCCCAGAGACUCCUUCUCCUGUUCCCUCUCUGGAAGAAAAUCAUCGCCCUGGGAGCCAGACCUCCUCACACCCAAGCAGCAGUGUGUCCAGCUCUCCUUCCCAGAUGGAUCAUCCUUCAGAGAGAAUGGUUAUGAUGCCCAAUAAUAGAGAAGAACUUAUUGUUGAUCAAGAUAAUGGACAAACCAUGAAAAAAUUCCAAAGGGAUAAUAAAGAUAUCCAAUUGUCCCAGCACCAUUUGUUGAACACUUUUCUCCACUGGAUUGAGUUGGCACCAUUAUCAAAAAAAUCACUUCACCAUCAAAAAGAAGUACCAACUCAAAUUCCAAUGAUGAAGUCACCCUUGGACAAGAUCCAGUUGGCUCCUGGACAGGCAUUGUCCCCUGGAUUCCCUGGACCAUUCAUUUUUGCUGAUAGUCUGUCCUCCGUGGAGACUCUGUUGACCAACAUUCAGGGUCUACUGAAAGUGGCUUUGGAUAAUGCUCGCAUCCAGGAGAAGCAGAUUCAGCAAGAAAAGAAGGAACUUCGAAUAGAGCUCUACAGAGAAAGAGAAAUUAGAGAAAAUCUGGAGAGACAACUUGCAGUUGAGCUUCAAAGCAGAAGUACAAUGCAAAAGCGUCUGAAAAAGGAGAAAAAAGCUAAGAGGAAACUUCAGGAAGCCUUGGAAUUUGAAUCAAAACGCCGAGAGCAAGUGGAGCAGGCACUGAAACAAGCUACCGCUAGUGACAGUGGUCUGAGGAUGUUGAAAGAUACUGGAAUUCCAGAUAUUGAAAUAGAAAAUAAUGGGACUCCUCAUGACAGUGCUGCCAUGCAAGCCUGAACACUGAUGCCGGAACUCCAAGUGAUCAAAGACACGGAUAGGGUGCUGUAGCAGUUACCUGCUUACCUAGUGUUGUGAUUCUUUAGAAUUCAUACUCAGAUUCUUUUAAGAUAUGGAACAUUCAAUUACUAUUUGUUCAUAAUUGAUGGAUAGAACAUUGAACACCUAGGAAAAAUGCGCUGGAGAUUGGACUUCCCAAGUUUUUAAGGGGCAAUCAUAAUGACUGAACGUACUACUUUUAUAGUUUCUUUACUCAAUACUUUCAAUGAGCUCAUAGUGCUUCACAAACAUUAUCACGUUUAACCACACAGCAGGUUUGUAGUGGCAUAAGUAGGUGGAACAAUUUUGAAGAUGGAUAAAGUGCUAUUUCUAGAUUGUAUGUGAGAAAAUAAAAUGCAGAAAUACUUACUUUGAGCUGUGCCUAUUAUGGAAUAGCUUUCUAUUUCUCCACUAUGGUAUUUAAUAUAACUUGUAUUAGCAGACAAUUUAUUGGUACAAAUGAUUGAUAUUUGUUCCCAUGGUCUGUGAGCUCACUUUGUAGAAGAAACUGCCUGAUUUGUUCUCUAAGAAAACAUAGAGAGCUUUAAUUUCUUGAUCAUGACAUGACUACAUUUUCCUUUGAACUGAUGGUGGUGGAGCAAGUUAUUUACUCCCUGUCAUAUCCCUUAUCUUUAAAUAAGACAUUGAUAAAAGAUGUUCCCCAGCAUACUAAAUAUGACUCCUUUAUUCUUUUCUUCUUCCUUUAUGUCCCAAACAUUGCUUAUUUCUUAUUAUACUAGCAACAGAAAUAAUUAUAAGAGUAAAAACUACAGACACAGGAAAGGAGAAAAGCAGAUAUGAUGGGUCACUCACCUUAUGAAUAUUUACACUAUUCAACCUCUGGUCUAAGUAUAAUCAGGUAACUAGCAUUUUCAAGAGAUUUAUAAAUGGUUAAUUUGGCCUGAAUUGCUCAGUAUAUGUCCUGAAAUAUUUUUAACAGUUUACUUACUAAAGACAUGGCCACAAAUUUGUGAUAUAUAAUUAUUACCAUUUUCACACUUCCUAAGAAUCUAAUAAUCAGUAUUUGAGUGAUCAAAAACCUUUAAUGACACUUCUCAAGUAUUUCCAUUACACCAGAAAAAUCUUAUUCACUGUGUAGUAUCUGCCCUAGAUUUUGACAAAAAAUGCUACUCAUGCAAAUUGCCAAAUGAGAUUUAAUCCAUUUUCCAUUAAUCACUUCCUUGAAGUAAUAUAUGUAGUUUCUUUUGUACUAACGACCAAACUGAAAUAAAUUUAAAAAUAAUACAUUAAUUCAAAUCAAUAUGAUGUAGUGGUUGUUUCAUAUCCUGAAUAAUUUUUUUCUAAGAUAUAAAUAUUUUGCUUUUGGUGAUGCACACAGGAUCUACUUGUAUACAAUCUAUUAUGUUUCAGCCAACUGCAUCAAAAUAAUACCAAUUUAGAAAUGAUUUUUGAAGAUGAAAUAAAAUAUUUUGGCCAUAUAAAAUAUAUGAUCUGAAUAAAAAUGAUCUAUGGCUAAAGGUACAACAUCCAGAAUUAACUCUUCAUCAUAUAGGCAGAGAACAUGUACUAAAUGAUACAGAAAAUUGAAUAGUAUUUUAAAAUCAGAUCACUUAAAACUACUUUAGGUGAAUGGUAGAAAUCCUCAUGGUUUUUCUUUCUGGCAUUUCCCACUUGUUUGCUCUUGGGUCUUUAUGACACCCAAUGUUAGUUAUUCCUUUCUAUAAACUUUAGAAGUAUAACACAGGAGGCAAAUGUCACAGGUACUGGAUUUGGGACAGUCAAGUGUGGCUCUUGAUGACUCAACCUAUCGUGAGAGGGUGUCCUACAUGGAGAAGACCAUACCAACCGUUCUGUCCCAAGUGAGGCAUUUCAACAAUGAGGGAAGGAUUGCAUAAACCUGUAUUUUUACUUAAAACACUGUUGUAUCUACAUAUAUGUAAUUCCCCAUUUUGCCCACUGGAUAAAUAUUAAAGCAGUAAACUAACUGCCUGCUCUCACCAAGUGUCAAUGUAUAUGUCCCUUAUGAGUUUCAAAGCACCUAACAUUUCUCUGGAGAGGGGUCUUUCAUUGCUUUUCCUAAUCUAUAAUCAUGUUUACACACAGAAUGCAUAUGAGAUCAUCUCUUAUGUUCAGGUGUAAACCCUCUUAAAAACAUGAAGCAGUCAACUCCUAAUUAGCUGUUUCCUAUUCCUAAUGAAGUGAGCAUGGCAGAUUUGGAUUAAAAUUCAGAUGCAGCUCUCUUCUGUUUAUGGUUCCAGAUGUUUUUGUUUUAUCUAGGAGUUUACUUUGACAGCUACUACUAAAUGAUAAAUCACUCAUGUUAUAGUUAAAAUGAAUUUUGAAAUUGAAACGUGGCAAACUUUGAGAUUGUUCCAAGGAACAGUGUUGAUUACCAGGUCAAUACUUGUUCCUUCCUUAUCAUCAGUCUAUAUUGGGAUACUCAAAGAAGUAACAGACAAUGUCUCAAUAUUAUAGAACAUGUUGCACUGUUUGGAUACUGCUAUCCUUAAAAUUUGGAGAAGUUUUCCUAUUGGGAUAUCAACUUAUGGUAUUCUGGGUAAACAAAUUGAUUUAUAUCAUAAUGUAGUCUUCUUGGUAGCCUAGUGUUUCUUUUGAUUUGCAAGCUGAUGUGGAAACUAUUCCUGAUAGGCUUUGUAAGUGGGCACAUUUAAUGAAAGUUGUACACAGAUAUGUUUGCCUCUUGUAACAAAGAUAAGAAUUAAACAUGAUAAAGUGAAAGAUUUUUCAAAAACUGCAUUUUUCCAAAAGACAAACAGUGAUUGUCUUUUCCAUUCAUUGCUGUGUUUAUAUAACUUUUUAGAUGACAUGGUUUGUUUUACCAUUGCUUUAAAAUGUGUAAUGUUCACAAUUUGCACUGCAUGAUUCAAGUUUUAUUAUUAUUGUAUAAAUUUCAAUCCUGGUAAAAAUGACUGACAUUUGAUGUUGAUGACCUUUCCAUUGAUAUUGAGACUAUGCAUACAGAGGAUGAGGUGGAUUGUAGAACUGAGUAAGUAUUUGGUCAAUAUCAUCACGACUUGAACUGUCUGCAAGAUUGGAUUUCAUUACAGUACUCAGACUCUAUCUCAAAAAGACGAGGUUAUACAUUUUUCUGGGGUUAAAGAUUAACCAACAGUUAUUAAAAAUAGGUUUUUAUUUUCUGGUCACUGCAACAUAAAAGUUAAUUCCAUUGUUUUCUUGAGCAAAUUUCUAUUUACCUGCUAAUGAAGACCAACACUCUAGCUUUUCUGAUUAAUGCAGAAUCAAUUAUUUUAUUCUAUUACCUUAUAUCUCCUUGAUUUUUGGUUUAAAAGUAAUUCCUAGGAAAUUAUAUUAAUUUACCUAACAUGAAAUCUUCUACACAGAAAAAAAAUAUUAUAGAGAUUUCACAUACUUUCCUCCUUACAACUCAAAACCUUUUUCCAAUCUGAGAUAUGAUUUUAAAAAGACAAUAUCAGUCAAGUGUGAUCAUGCUUGCUUCCUUCUGCACAAAGAGGGCAAAUUUGAUUCACAACGAUGUAAUUUUAAGUAUUACUUGAGCACAGGGAGUGGAUUUGUGCACAUUUAUGAACACAUUCUUUCCUGCUUCCUCUUCUGCAACCAAAGGAAAAUUUUGUUGAUUUAGCUAGCUAAACAAGCAAGUCAUAAACCAGUACAAUGGAAAAGAGCAAUUUUAAGCUCCAAGAGGCAGACUAGAAUUUCCUUUUCAUUCUCAAUAAUAAACUUUAUCUAUAUCAAUCAAAUGCUACAUAACCAUCAGAUGAUAUGGACUCUAUGUUACAAAUAUUUAAAUGAACAUUGGUUUUACCACUUAGGUUUCAAAUGAUAUAAGAACUAGUCUCUAUAUAGUGUGCACAAUCUUACAGUUAACAUGGGGAAUGAAAAUUCUAAAUGACAAAGCUGUCAUUGUUUUAGAGCCAAACCAGGUAAUGUCUUUCGUUCUGUUUUGGUAAAGCACAGGAGCUUCAAGUGUAACAUUAUGUACAAAAGGAAAAACUAAUAUAGAUCUCUAUAGACAUUAUAAAAUAGUUUAUGAAAAGAGUCUUUAUCAGUUUUUCAUGUCUUCAAUGCUGUAUAAAGAAGAGGAGUUGUAGCAUGAAGUUUACUUGAAGGAUCUUUGAAAUCUGAUGCAUUAACAUAAAGAGAUGCAAAAUUAAAUUUUACCUAUAUUAAAUCAAUCCUGUUACAUCAAAUCAUUUUAGGUUCCUGAAGAUAGAUGUUUUAGUACUUUCAUACCUAUGCUUCAGUAAUGUUCCACAGAAGAAUUAACAUGUUUUCUCUUUUUUAAAGGAGGUAACUAUUACUGUUUAGCAAUGGCACAGCAGUUGUGUUCAGCCUGAAAGGUCCCUGCUGACUUGCAUUAAUGAAUAUGCUUGUGAUUCCAGUAUAUCUCAGAAAAUAUCCAUCAUGGAGUUAUUUCAGUUGUGUUUAUCAAGAAAACUUUGUUUACUGAAUCAUCUUUUCCAUGUUACAUUAAGGAAAAAAGGAACAUGUGCAUAUUUUAAAAGCAGUGAUGUAAACGUUGUCCUUUCAUUAGAUUGACCAGUUUAAGAACAUGAACUAAAUCCUGAUGACUAAAGUAACUUGACCAUACUUGAUGCUUUUUUAUGCUCAUUUCUGCUUGGCUUUUGUCCUUCAAAGAAAAAAAUACAGUAGUAUCUUAGAGACUAGAAACUUAUAUGUAUUGUUUCUUUGUUCUACCAUAUGUUAAGUACACUUUUGUUUAAAAUGUACUUGCUAAACUUCAGUAUAAAUAAAAGCAUUUUGACUUUGUCAGUUA